GAGCCGAGGCUCCUCUUUAACUCCGCCAAACUACACUCCCCACAAUGCAGCGCGAGGGGGCGGAGCGGAAGCCGGGUGAGCUGGGGGCGGCCUGAGUGCAACGCCUCGGAGCCGGAGAAGCAGCUCCCGCCUCCGCGCCGGUGCCCGUGCCCGAGUCCGUGCCGCCAACGGGGUCCGCGCCUCGGCCCCGGCCUGGACUGACGAGCCAACGGACGGACGGACGAGGGCCGCCGCGCUGCCUCGGAGCUGGAGCGAUGGCCAUCAGGCCGAGCCAAGCGGGAGAUUAAAGGGUCCUGGCUUUUCUCUGCUCAGCCCGUGGCUCCCGUCCCCGACUUCCCGCCCCAGCCGGGUGGCUGCCCGCAUCCGGAAUGUUCCUGAUGCUCUCCAGAAAGAACAUGUCGCAGAAGCUGAGCCUGUUGUUGCUGGUGUUCGGCUUCAUCUGGGGGCUGAUGCUGCUGCACUACACCUUCCAGCACCCGAGGCACCCAAGCAGCGUCGAGCUGCGGGAGCAGAUCCUAGACCUGAGCAAGAGAUAUGUGAAAGCCUUGGCUGAGGAGAACAAGAGCCUCGUGAAUGGCGAGAAUGGGGCCUCCCUGGCGGGAUACGCUGACUUGAAAAGAACGAUCGCUGUCCUCUUGGACGACAUUUUGCAGCGCCUGGUGAAGCUGGAGAGCAGAGUGGACUACAUCGGGGUCAGUGACUCAGCCACUAACGUCACCAAUGGCACCAGUGGGCACCUGCUGCCAGGGACGCCCAGCAAGAGGAUCAAUGCGUCAGGCCACAGCAGAUAGCGGCCCCAGAGUCCCGGGGGCCACCUCGUGCUCUGGGGCUCAGCCCCCCGCCCAGGGCCCUGGGGACUCUCUCUGGCCCAGGCAGAAGCCAACACUGGCAUAGACGGUCUACACGUGGGAUCCAUGGAACCUUCACUUCUGUAUAUAAUUUAAAGAGAUGGUCGAUGUGUUAUUUUCCGGCAAGUUUCUGCCUUUGCUGGUAUUUAUCAUGGCACUGUUGUUGUGUUAUAAUAAGCAGGUGGGUGGAAUACAAAGUUCUUGUGUUUGGGCUGAAGCUAAAAUCAUUCAAAAGACAUAGGAGCUGAUUUCUAUAUUUAUUGAAGUAGAAACAUAUGACUUUGGGGCAAGUGGAAAAUAUUGUAGUUGAAUCAUUUUUUUCCAUCUUUUCAACAGAUGUAACUCCUGAAUGUUAAACUGAUGCUGUUGGGAAAUGUGUAUAUUUACAGUAUUAUAUUUUGUUACCUAAUUGUCCAUAGAGAAUAGGAUAUGAUGUUGAGAAUGUUUUAAAAUCACGACCCAAAGAAUGUCUUUAUUUGCACUAUUUGCCAGAAUAUCUAUAGAGAGAUUGCUGUAUAUUUAAAUAUUUCAUUUGCAAAAAUGUAACCUUGAAAAUAGGUAGCAACUACUGUCCAGAAUAUGUAUGUUCCAGACAUUGGAACAAUUAAAUUAUCAACAGCCAAGUGAGCAUAACCUCAUACUCAGAUUUUUUUUUUUCCUUCGCUACAUUCUAAGGGAAAAAAAAUCAAGAUUUUAUAGCAGGAAAUUAAAAAUAAGUGAUUUAAAUGAAGAGUUUAUAGUUGGCAGAUAUAUGAAUGUUUCCAUCAUUUUUCUCUUCAUGUUGAACCCCUGGACAGUUUGUGCUAGCAGCUUGGUACAUCAUCUCCUUAUUCUGGGUUAUUUUUUUCUUGUACUGAAUUGAAGGGAGAAAAAAUGAAUCUAGUCAGGGAACAAUAGUGGGAUUUUGGGGGGUUCUAGCUGGAUGUUUCUCCCAAGGAGAGAGACUGGGGAGGGAUUCAGGUGAAAUCGAAAGUCAGGGAAAUGCUGGUUCUUACAUGUGAUCCCUACUUUCACGAAACAUAAUGUGACAAUCUGGAUUAGGCAGUAGCUGGGUUAGGAGUGGCUAUUGACUUCACAAAAUGCUUCUUUUAAGGCUUUCAGAUCAUUUAGAGCAGCAGUAUCACAUACACGGCCCAAACUAGAUUAUAAUGUAAUUGGGUGAUAUUUCACAAGAUAAGGAAAAACAGAGUAGAAUAUACAUAAUGUGAAUAUAUGAUUUUCUAGGUUAAGCUGUCCGUGCCCUGCCGUGAUCCUCAUAGAGCGUCCUCAUUUGUAAUCAUUGAGUUGGGCUGCAUUGUCUUAGAAGAUAGUUGAACUUAGAACUUUUCAAGAAUAUACCGAUUAUGUAAAGCAGAAGUUCUUCAAGAAUGGUUUUCAGCUCUUUUUCAUAGAAUCAGAGAAUGUAAAGUGCAGAGGAGGAAACCGGGCCCAAGAGGGGCUUUGCUGGGAAGCAGCCUUGGCUUGCCAAGGAGGGAGUUAAUCCCAUUUCCCUGGAGCUCCGGGAACCAGUGGCGGGGUUCGUGCCGUCCCCAGGGAUGGGCGCCGAGUGAGUUUUGACAGGACGGUUUUAAGGAGAGGAGGCGAGAUUCACUGUCACAAGCCUCACUGGCCUCCCCUGGAGGAAUCGCAGCAAGUGGAAGAAAGGGUGCUGGGCUGGUGACAGCCACCGCGGGGAGCGUCUGGGGGAGCCUGAGCCGAUCCCCCCGUGGGACCUCGUGUGGUGAGCCGAGCAGGCUUAACUGCUCCUCUCUGCAAACAGGUCCACCUGUCAUCACGGUGCCCCGGGACCCCUCCUUUUACCUUGUUCUCAGUUGCUCAGCUUUGAGCAGCACCGUGUCUGCUUGUUCAGCUGUACUGAGUUACAUUUUGCAGGGUUGCAUUUGGGAAUAUUCAUUCUUGAAACAUGCUGUCGUGUUGUACUGAUGAUUAAAAUACUGUACUAAGAGAUGGAAGAUUUCAGGUGCUUUUCAUAUUCAAAGGUGGCUGUCUGAGUCCUUGCCAUGUAGGCGAGCAUUGGACAAGUGAAGAAACGACAUGGGCUGCAGCAGAAUGAAACACUUUUGGUUGGACCUAAAUGUUUUGUUUUUUUUUCAGGGAAAAAAAUAAAAUGUUUGUAUUUGUAAAAAGUUA